UUCUUAAAAUAAAUGACAAUUGCAAUAUUUUACGUCUUAAAAGAAUGGCAAUGUCUGCAUUUUAAAUAAAUGAAUGUUUUGAAGCGAUUCCCAGGUCGAAAUACCAGUUUUUAACAGGAUUUUAUCAUUAGCAUAUCCAAAAUGGCGAUGGCUGCGGAAAGCUUGUGUCACAAUGAUCCAAACUUUGCUGUUAUAUGCAAUUUUUGGGAUCGCUAUGGGGAAAUGAUCGGUCUCAAAGAGAUCUCCUACUCUGAUCUCGAAAGAUGGCUCGAAGAUACGAAGCAGGUGCCAGUGCCACUUAUUGAUCUCCAUGUUCGUUUGUUACGGAGAAUUGGAAAGACAUCAGUGACUGCUAACAGAUGGGAAAGAUACAUCAUUAAGUUCUGUCACACCUACUCCAAUGUAGAUGCAUGGGAAAUCGAGAAAUUUGGAUAUAAGCAUUGUAAACUGACCACAAAAAUCAAGCUUUUGAAGACUUUAUUGGAGAAACAGUUUGAUCAGAAUUCCACAUUUAAAGAAAAGGUAAACAAGCUUGCUCCUGAAGAUAUGAGAUUCCAGCCGAUCGGAAGAGAUAAAGAUGGUCUGGCCUAUUGGUAUAUGCUGGAUAAUGAAUGUAAUUUAAGGGUAUACAGAGAAGAUCUAGAUGACAAUGAUGAUGAAACAUGGGAAAUUGUUUGCAAAACAAGAAAUGAUUUAGCAGAAUUGGUAGCUCGAUUAGAGAAAGAAAUUAAUGGGGACAUAACCAAAGAAAUAACAGAUAUACAAAGCAGCACAUCCAACAGUGUUAAAAGUGAAGAGGCUGAGGAUGAAAAGAAAUUAGUAACAUUUGAUGAUUCACAAGAUUCUCUGCCAAAUGUCAAAAAAGAUCCAGAGAAGACAACCCAUCCAGAAAAACUUGAUGAAGUAGACGGUGUGGUAAAUAAAAAUGAGGAGAAUGAUGAAAAGAAAGAUGUUAAGACAAAAGCAGAAGAAAGUAAUGAAAAGAAAGACAGCAAAGACGACAUCAGAAAAUGUGAUGAAAAGAAAGACAUCAAAAUAGAAAUAGAUAAAUGUGAUGAAAAGAAAGACAUCAAAAUAGAAAUAAAAAAAUGUGAUGAAAAGGGGGACAUCAGAGAAGAAUCAGAAAAAUGUGAUGAAAAGAAAAAUACUAAAAAGGAAACAAAAGAUUGUGAUGGAAAGAAAGAUUGCAAAGUAGACACUUCAGGUAGUGAAGAAAAGAAAGAUGUUAAAGUAGAAAUAAGUGAUUGUGUUGAAGAAAAGAAAGAGGAUAAUCAUGAUAAUACAAAUACAGGGGAUACAGUUUUCAUUAAAAAGGAACCAGUUGACAAUAGUUCUGGUGAAAAGUUAGAAGUAAAAAAUCAAGAUACUACUGCUGAUGUUGUUAAUAUAAUUACUGCUAAAGAUGACAAUAUUGAAAAUGCAGAUACUUCACUUGAAGAGAAAAAGAAAGAAAUUAAAUGUGUUGAUGAAAACCAGAAGGAAUCUAAAGAGAAAUCUCCUUCAGUAAACAUUCCAUCCGCAGAGAAUUCUGUAAUUGAUAAAGGUGCAGAAAAGGAUCUUAAAAAACAGACAGAAUCGGAGAAGGAUUCAAAAAGUAAUAAUAAAAGUGAUUUGAUCAUCGAUAAAGAAAAUGACAGUGAUGAAAGUAAAACAAAUAAUUCUAAUGCUGUUUGUAAAAAGUUGGAAAGUGAAAAUGAUAAUUCUGAAAACUGUGAUAUUAAAUCCAUUAAAACUUCUGAAAUUUCAAAAACUGAUACACAAAAUUCAGCAAGUGAUAACAAAUUUUCUACCUCAAAAUUUUAUGGUGCUAUAUGUGAUAAUGAUGACAAAAAUGUAGAAUCUUCAGAGGAAAUAAAAUGUGGUUGUGAUGACAAAAAGGGAGGUAAGCAGGAUAUUCCAAAAACUGAUUCAGAAAUCGACAAAGAAGUGAAUGAUGUAUCAGAUAAUAAUGUGAGGAGAAGUAGUAGAUCACGUACUACAAGAACUCAAUCACAAGAUUCACAGGUCAAAGACAAUAAAGGUGAAAGUAAUUCCAACUUAGAAAAUACAGAGGUUUUGUCAAAAACUGAGGAAACUGUAAAUAAUCAUGAUAAUCAUGAUAAGGGUGAUUUAGAAAAAGAAAACAACAAAACCCCUAGUAAAUCUAAGUCAAAGGUUAAAGGUAAAAAAAGACCUUUAUUAUUUGAGGACAAUUCGACAGAGGAUUCUCCAACAGUGGAACCCGAAUCAAAGAAGUCAAAACAAACCAAGAAAAUAUUAACGAAGAAGUCUCCAGCUAAAGUGAAGUCUUCCACUGAAGAUACAGACGAUAGUGAUGACAUACCCCUCAGUCAGAUCAAAGGAACACCCAAAUCUUCUGGUAAACAGACACCUAAAGCAACUCCUAAAAAACUUACUCCUAAAGGCAAGAAGGGCAAGAAAUCAGAACCAACACCUACCAGAAAAAGUUCUCGACCAGUAAAGAAAAAGAAAUUUGACAGUGAUGAAGAGGAUAAAGAAAGUUCAUCAAAGUCUAAAAAGUCUUCAUCCUCUAAAAAGUCAAAGGUCAAAUCUACUGAUGCAGACAGUGAGGAUGAUGAUGAAACUCCUCUUAAAGCCUUACAGAAAUCGGAGUCUGAAACGGAGGAAGAGGAGGAAGAUAAAGGAGGUCGGAGGCGAAGUUCAAGGGUUAAAAAACUAUUGAAGAAAGCCAAGAAAAAGGAAAUUACUCCACCUCCAUCAAGUUUUGAAGAAGAUGAGGAGGAGGAUGAUGAUCAUAGUGAUUUUACUGUACCUGACUCUGGUGACUCAGAAGAUGAAUUUAAUCCUGCUCCUAAAGGAAGGAACGCUAGACGACAGGCUGCAAUACAAGAUACACAAGAAUGUCUAGUGGAAGAAAUCCCGAAUGAUACACCAUGUAUACAUUGUCAAAACACAGAUAGACCUGAAUGGCUACUCCUGUGUGAUAAAUGUGAUGAUGGAUUCCACACAGCAUGUCUACGCCCACCUCUAAUGAUAAUACCAGAUGGAGAUUGGUUUUGUCCACCGUGUGAACAUAAACGGCUGUUGGAAAAAUUGCAGAUUAGUCUUAAAGAUUUAGAUAUAAUUAUGAAGAAGAAAGAUAGAUUAAUAAAAAGGAAAGAGAGAUUAGCCUUUGUAGGAAUAAGUUUAGACAAUAUCUUAAAGGAUGAACACAAGGAGAAUGUAAACCCUGAUGAAUAUGAACAUUACAGUCCAGAGGAGGAGGAGGAAUAUUAUAAACCAAAGAAGAACAAAUCAUUUGUUAAGAGGUCAUGUCGAUCACGUAAUGUAAUCAGCUACAAGUUUGACGAGUUCGAUGACAUGAUAAAUACAGCUAUCAAAGAAGAUUUAGAAAAUCCUCAGCCUUACAACCCUGGUAAAGGAAGAUCCCGUGGUAAAGACAUGGCUAAUAUUUACAUGGCAGAGGGUCGGGAAUAUGUCAGCGAGGAGGAGGAAGGAAAACCAUCAUCUGAAGGGGGAGGUCAAAAAAAGAAGAAGGGGCGUCGCCUAACAAAUCUUAGUGAUGAAGAUGACAAUGAGGAGGAAAGUGGAGAUGAAUACAAAUGUUCUGAUGAUACUUCCGAGCCCCCAGAGGAGGUAGAGGAGGAUGAUGAUGACGUCAGUGAUUAUAGUCUGGACGGGGAGGGCUGGUGUAGGAAGGGGACAAGACGGAGUGCAAGACGCAAUGCCAGAUCUAAGCAAUAUAAGGACUUUGUUGUUGAUGAAGAAGACAGUGACUAUGGUACCAGGAGAAAGUCUGCUCGUUCUACAAGAGCUUCCACACGACAAAGGAGAAAACACAAAGAAGUAUGGAGCGAAGAAGAAGAAGAGGAGGAAGAAGAAACUGAUGAAUCUAUUGACACAGAUGAUUUAUGCUCCGAGGACAGUGGCCCUACAAAAAAGAAGAAAAACAGGAAAGAAAUAGAUAAAAAAGUGUUUAGAGAAAAAGAGAAAAAGAAAGGUAAACAUUCUGCAAAAAGGAGAAGAAUUGUGGAUUCAGAAGACGAAGGAAGUGAAAGGAGUGAAAAAUCAGAGGAAAGUGAAUCUAAAUCAGAAAGUGAUGAUAGCAGUGUAGAUAUGGGAAAAAUAAAAAAAGCAGCAAAAAGGAAAUUGUCCAAAAGACGUUAUUCUGAAUCAAGUAGUGAAUCAGAAAAAUCUGAAUCUUCAGAGCCUUCACGGAAUAGAAGGAGAAAUAUAGCUAAAAGAGUUAAUUAUAAGGCAAUAGCUGGUUCUGAUUCUGAUGCAACUGAGGUAUCGGAGGACAAAAGUGGAAGUGAAAAAGACAAAAAAACAAAAAAGAAAAAUGCUAUUAGAGAUGAUUCUACGGACACUGAUGAUUACUAUGACAAGAAGUCUGAAGAAUCAGUGGAAGGGGAGACAACUGAAGAAGAUGAAAAAGAACCAGUUAAACCAAAGAAGCAGAAAAAAGAUGAAAAGGAGGAUGACGAAGAUGAUGAGACAGAAGAGGAUUCUGAGGACGAAGAUAGUCAGUCUGAAAUCAAAGGACAAGAUAAAAAAGUACCAAAGAAAAAAGAGAAAGUUAGUAAAUCAAUUGAAAAAGGUAAAGAAACACUUCCUAAAGAUUCUGUAAGUGAGCAUGAGUCUGACAAAGAACCAACCAAUUCACCACAGGAUAAGAAUGACACAAAUCCAAAAAUUGAAUCUCAGAAUGAGGCUCAUAUCUCAACAAGUACAGUUCCUGAUAAUAGUGACACACCAGUAUGUCAGAACAACGCAGGUGUGGUAAGGCCAAGUCCACAAUACUCAAUGGGUCAGAGUUAUGCUGAGGGAAACUUUACCAAUCAACCAGGGCCACAACAAUUCCAGGGGAGAUCACCUCCUUACGGUUCUCCACCUCAACAACAGUUCUCACCUCCUCAUUCAUCUUAUCAAUCUCAGCAACCUGGUCACAUGAUGAGGCAAGGUCCUCCACUCUCACAAAAUUAUCCUCCCCAGAUGAGGCAGGUAAACUUUCCUGUAUCAACUUCCAGUCAGCCAUUUACAUCAAUGUCUACAAGCCAGGGGACAAUAUCAUCACCACCAUACCCCACAAUGCAAGAAAGGCCCCAAUAUUCAUCACAGGUGCCACAAAGUCAAGGUCAAGUUUUUGGAAGAUCAAUUCAAGAUCAACCAAUGAUGAUGAGAGGUCCACAUCCAGGCCAACAGGAUGGAGGUCAGAUGCAGCAAGGCAUAAGACCAGAAAUGAUGGGGCAAAUGAGAGGUCCACCAAUGCCACAACAAGAUGGCCAAAUGAUCAGAGGUCCACCAAUGCCACAAGAGGGUCAAAUGAUUAGAGGUCAACCAAUACCACAAGAUGGCCAAAUGAUCAGAGGUCCACCAAUGCCACAACAAGAUGGCCAAAUGAUCCGAGGUCCACCAAUGCCACAACAAGAUGGCCAAAUGAUUAGAGGUCCGCCAAUGCCACAACAAGAUGGCCAAAUGAUCCGAGGUCCACCAAUGCCACAACAAGAUGGCCAAAUGAUCCGAGGUCCCUUUUAUCCAAAUCAGCAGAUGAUGAUGGGAGGUCGUUUCCCAAACCAGCAGCAAAUGAUGAUGCAGGGCCAAUAUUCUAGCUAUCAGUCAGGUCAAAUGAUGAGAGGUCCAUAUCCUGGUCAGCCAACAAUGAUGCGAGGUCCAUAUCCAAAUACCAGUCAGCAAGAUAAUCUAAGAGGUAGUCAUUCAAACCAGGAUGGAGCAGUCACAGAUCAAAAUAGAGAAGAUAAAGAUAGUAGAAUGAAAAGUCCCCCAAGUUCCCAACCUGGACUUCCAGAAAGACCAAUGAUGCCAGGACAACAGUCUAGUUUUCAGUCUACACCAAUGAUAAGGGGUUCGUUCCCAGGACAACCACAUAGACCAAUGGCUAGAGGACCUUUCUAUGGUCAACCUGAAAGACAUAUGAUGCCAGGUCAAGAAGGACAUUUUAGACCAGGUUUUCCAUAUCCAGCUCAGCUGAGACCUGGUUUACAUCCCAAUCAACAAGGAUUUCCACAUCGACCUCUUCAACCUGGUCAACAAACACCUCCUUCACAUAUUUCUGGUCCACCAGUCAGCAGUCCAACAAUUGGAAGCCCACCAGUACAGGAAACAAACCAACAGUUCUUUCCACCACGACAGUCCCAACCUAGAUCGCAGAUGUCACCUUCUCAUACUCCUCAGGCAAUUGUUCCAGUAGAUAGAGCAAAGGAUGUUCACAGUGAUCAAAAUGUCAAAAAUGAAACAGAUAAAACAUCACAAUCAAUUUCUGGAAUAGAUGUUCAGAAAGUUGCUCUAUCUGCUAAAGUGAAAGAUGAAUCCAGUUCUGUUCAAGAAAUUAACAGUAAACAAAAUGAAAUACCAGAGGAGUGUUUAGAAACGAGAAAAGAUUCAUCUACAGAUGUUGUUGUCUCUGAUACAAAGACAUCCUCUGAAAAAGAUCAAGUAGAACAAUCUACAAAAAAUAAAAAGGAAAACAAACUUGAUUCAAAUCAACCAAAAGACAUUGAAAAGACUAGUUCAGAAAGUGAAAAACCUGAUGGACAGAUUGUAACUGAAUUGCUGUCAGAGGCAAACUCUAAAAACCUGCCACAAAGUCAGGUGACAUCAUCCAGCUCUGAUGCAGAUACAGAUAAACAAAAGAUCUCAGAAGAACAAACAAUUGAACCAACUUUAGGUAAUGAGUCUGAUCCAAAGGUUCCUAAAUCUGAUAUUGAAAUAAAGCCUGGAUCUCCAUCUUCACAACAGUCUGGUACACAUCCUGCAGAAAAGACCAUGUUAAGUGGACCGCUGCCUAAUCCUGCAGAGAAAACCACGAUAAGGGGACCACAGCUUAAUCAGCAAAUUCCACCAGAAGGGUCCAUGAUUAGAGGACCACAGCCAAAUCCUCCAGAAGGUUCCACAAUUAUAGGACCACAGCCUAUUCCUUCAGAAAGUUCUAUGAUUAGAGGACCACAGCCAAUUCCUCAAGAAGGGUCUAUGAUUAGAGGACCUCAGCCAAAUCCUCCAGAAGGAUCCAUGAUAAGAGGACCACAUCCUUACCAGCAAGGCAUGUUCAGAGGACAGUUUAAUGAAAUGAUGUCACACAUGAGUAACCAAAGAAUGCAGUUUCAACAAGGUUCAAUGGGGAUGCCACAAAGGCCUAACAUGCAAGGGCCACCUAACUUUGUUGGACAAGUCCCAAGAAAUGUCAUCCCUAGAAUGAGACCAGAGCACAUGAGGCCAAUGAAUCCCAAUUUCCAAAGGCCUAUGUAUGGACCUGGACCAAUGCCUUAUCAACAGCACCCUGGAGUUCCAAGUGGUUUUGGUCCUAGACUUGAAAUGGGUAUGAGAAUGCCACAGAGUUCUGGACCGGAUGAGACAAAGGCAGAUAGCCCUAGUAAAUCAAAAAUGCAGGAAAGCUCCGAUAGUUCUGCUACUUCAACUAAUGAACCAACAAAAGCAAAAAAGCCAAGAAAACCAAGACAAACUAAAAAAGAAAAAAUGAAGGCUCAGGCAGAGUCCAAACCUCAACCUUCAUCAGGUCCUAAUGUACCGGAACAAGAAUUUCAUCCUCAGCAACAACCUCAGAUGGUCCCAGGACCACAAUACCAAAUGCCAAUACCAAGACCAAUGCAUCCACAGCAAGGACCUUUUAUGAGACCCCCAUUUGAUAAUUAUGGAAUGAAUGGGAUGAACCAAGGUCCACCAGAUUACAACCAGAUGAAUCCUGGGAUGUAUGGUCCACCUCAGAUGAUGCCAGGGAAUGGUGGGCGGGGAUUCAUGAUUGACAACUUGUUAGAUAAGCAUCCUCGUGUCCAACAACUAGAACCGAUUAUCUCCCAUGAAGAGGAGGAGGAGUCACCAGGGGAACCAGACCAACAGACAUAUGAGGGAGAACCAUCUCCUUCUAAUGGGGAAAAAGAUAUGGAUGAAAUGUCAGACAUUGGAGAUAUUGUUAAAUAUGUUAUGAAUCAUUAAGUAGAAUUGUAUAUAUGAAGGUUUAUGUUUCUAUUAGUGAAUAUUUUGCAACAUUAAAUUUAGAAGGAAUUAUGAAUUAAAAAAUGUAUGAAGUCUUUUAACUUACAGCCAAAAUCUUAAACAUUACCUUUAAAGAUUUAAAAACCAUUAAGACUUAACCACAUUUGUGAAAUGUCUCUUUUUAGUUUAUAUGAUCUUUUUGUGUAAUUUCUCAUAAUGCAACUAUUCAGAGGGAAUACAUUGUCAGUUAUAAAGUUGUGCACAUUGUGUACAAAUUGUGUAUUAAAAAAGAAUAUUUGAAAUAUAAGCUAACCACAGAACUUUUCAUUGCAUGUAUGGUUCAUUUCAAAGUGUUUGAUUUAUUUAAAGCAAUUUGAUUUUCUAUAAAAUGACAUGUUCAAUCUUCCGAGUAGUUCAUUCUUGUCAUUGAUUUAUUCAGUAAAAUAUCAUUAGUUACGACAUUUCUGCUCAAUUUAUGUUAACUGUCUCUAUUUGUUUUAUGUCUUCUAAAGGGUGUAAAUAUUUAUGAUUUUUUUUUCAGUAUAAGUCAAUUGUUAUUUUAAAAUAAGUUGAAAGGAAGAAUAGAAUUUGAUUACUACAUCAAUUGCUUCUUAAUUUCAUACUGAUUCACAAAUCAAUUCAUUUUUUAUUAAUAAAAAUUUUUUUUCUUCAAAUAGCAGUAUAAAUGCUGGUAAUUUUUUACGCCAUAUGAAUAUUUGUAAUUAUUCAUACUUCAUACUGUAAAUUAAUAAUUAUUUGUUAUUUUUUGUUAUUUUGGAAAUUGCAACAAGAUACGUGUCACAGAAAUAUAACCUGACAUUUUAAACUUCACAGCAUUAUUUGAAUGUCACAUUUUCUAGAAUUGCAAUAAUUAAUCUCUUGUUCUUGAAUAUUCUUCAACAAUCAAUCAUAUAUAAUAAAUGAAGGAACAAAUUUCUGAAUCAAGUUUUUGGUUCGGCUUACAUAGUUUGUCAUUAAGGUUAAAAAGAAAUAGGGUUCAUAUUCUUACUGGUGAUGUUCUAGUCAGUUUUAUCCUCUGUCAUGACAAAUAAACAUAAUGAACUAAAUGUUUUAAUUGGUUUCUAAGUUUUUUUAAUAUAGAAAUGUAUAUACCAGAAGUGCAUUUGUAAACUAUUGAUAAACUUAUAAAAUGGGUUUCCAUUUUUUUAAUUCAAGUUCAGCCUUAUGCAUAUAUUUAAUGUUAUGUAAGGGCCAUUAUGGCCAGGUCUGUCUGUCCAUCAAAUUUUUAUUUGUUAGUAUGUCCGUCCCGUUAUAGAUUCUGUCACAUUAUAUAAUGUAAUCAAGUUUAAAAUCUACAAAUACAAUGGAAACUUCUGAAACUAGAACUACCAUUUUGAUAAAAGAUCACAAAGACAUAAAUUUUUCUUUUUUUUUAUGCUGGAUUUAUAUAGAAUGCAAAAAAACAACAGAUGUGACUCAUUUUCUUUUUGUGUAAUUGAUGUAUUGAAUAGGAUGUAUAUAUAUCUAUAUAAAUUAGUCUAAUUAUAAAAUCCAUUCCUACUGUUGUACUCUAUAUCUUUAUGUUUUUAUAAUGUAUAAUUUUUGAAUAGAAACAUAAUCUUGAUUCCUUUUAUAUAUUUAUGUUUUAAAUACACGUCUGUAUCAUAAUCCUAUUAGAUGGCUAUUUUAAACAUUGUCCAGUUCUCUUUAAAAUAGUAUAACAUGUAUUAGGUCUAGAUAAUCAAAUACCAUUCAACAUUGUCAAAAGAUGAUUUUAUAUUUUCAUACUAACUAAUGUGCAUGAAAUUUUUUCUACUGGAAGUUAGAUCUUUAUAUAUUUUAUACGUGUAUUUCAGAUUUAAUAGUGAGAAAACAAAGUGAAACUGACUACAACCUAUUCAAAAGCUGGUUACUUUUAUUUCAAAUGUUAAAGCAGAUGUCUGUUGAAACAAUAUUAUUCACAAGUCCCAGAAAUAUAACUGUUCCUAUGAUUUUGAUGAGAGUUUAUGCAUUUGUAUGUGCAAUAUUACCCAUACUCCUUUAUAAGCACACAUUUUACAGCAAUAUAUGUGUUAUUGUUUUGUGGUAUGUGAACAUUUUGAAACCCACCAUUCACAUAAGUAGUAAACUACAAGUCAGUUUUUAAUGUUUUUUUUAUUGUGUAACAAAAGAUGAUUAAGGGUACAUAUAAAGUUCCAACAUCUCCUUACAUUCUUGUUCAUUCUGAAAUAAAUUUUGUUAGUUUCUUUUUGACCUCCAAACUUCAAAAUCCUACUUGUAUAAGGAUGCAAUAUACAAAUGAUAGAAGUCUUGUUAUGUAUAGUUUUUUGUUGUUAUAGUAUUUGAUGGUUUGUUGUAUUUUAUAUUAAGCAGAUGUUAGUAGGUAGAAUUUUGAAUUACCAGUAUAUUACAAUGUGAAUGAUAGGUUUGAUAAGAUAAUAUAAGUAUUUCUCAGUGAGCGGGGAUAUUAUUUAAAAAUUCUUUGCAGAAAUUUAAAAACUACUGUCAUGAAUGUUAAUAGUAAGAAUAGAUAUAGCACUAGAUAAACAAAGAUUAAAGUUCAAUUGAUUUUUUUAUUCUUACUAGAUUAGUACAAUCCAUAACGUAAAUGGCAUUUUUUUCAUAUGAAUGUAUAUUUCAUAACUUUAUGGCAUAUAAAAUAUCCAAAUCCUAAUGCAUAGUUUGAAUGUUUGUCAUAUGUAACAUCUUAUUCAUGUUUACAAUCCUCAUACAACAUAAUCCUUGAUCGUUUGAUAACAUCUUAUUACACAAUGUUUGAAAAUGAGGCAUACCAGUAGUUGUGUUAAUACAUUGAGAUAUUAAUGCAUUGCUACUAAUUAAAUAAAUACAACUAAACAAGUAACUUUUUAUCUCCUUGAAUUAAUAAAUGUUUUUAUUUUCUACGACAGAUCAUUUAAAAAUUAGAACAUUUCAUAUUAUUUAUUUACUUUAAUUCAUCAAAAUAUGUAAAAAUUAGGAAUUCAUAUUUUCAUACCAUUGUACUUAAAUUUUCACAAAAUUAUUUAAUUCACAUUGUCACAAAAUGAAAUUAAUUGUAUGUUGUUUGAGUGUAUGGAUGAAUGUGUCAAUAUGAUCUCAGCAUGUAUUGUGUAUAAUAGAGGCUUUUUACUGCCUGCAUUGUCAUUUUGUACAUUUCACACUCUCAUUUAUGUAAAACUUUUUAAAAACCAAAAGUAAAGAAAUAGUAAUUUUUAAA